GGCAAGGAGAACGCGGGGCUGCGCGGCGCGCCCUCCCGAGCCGCCCCCGCACGGCCCCCGCGCCGUCGCCGCCGCGAGUCCAGCUCGCAGGAGGAGGAGGUCAUCGACGGCUUCGCCAUCGCCAGCUUCAGCACGCUGGAGGCCCUGGAGAAGGACAUGGCCCUGAAGCCACAGGAGCGGAAGGAGAGAUGGGAGCGUCGCCUCAUCAAGAAGCCCCGGGAGUCAGAGAGCUGCCCAGCUGGGGAGCCCAGUGAGGACGGGCGGCUCCCGGAGGCAGGCAGCCCUGGGCAGGACGCAGAGCCCCCCUGCGAUGGGGCUGCAAGGAAGGUCCCGCUGCAGCCCUCUAAACAGGUCGCUGUGUCCACGGGGGGCGAUCGGAACAGUGAUGACGACAGCGUGCGCGAGGCCUCCAGCUCCCAGCGCAGCGUCUCUCGGGACCCGCUGAGCGACAGCUCCACACAAGCCGUAUCCGGGACCCAUCGGGGGGUCUCCUGUGACAGCGAGAGCGGCCUGGAUGACAAGGCAUCGGUGGGCUCUGAGAAGCUCUUUGCCCCAGCAGCUGAGAAGGGGCCCGUGCUGGGCGAGGCCAAGGCGGUGCCCAAAGUGUCCGGCCUCGAGCGCAGCCGUGAGCUCAGCACCGACUGCUUCCCGCCCGCUGCGCCCAGCCCAGCAGCCACCGUGCCCCUGCCCGCCCAGGCCAGCCCCGUGGUGAAGAAGGAGGUCCCCGCCCUGCCCCGCCACACUCCGCAGCCACCGCCUGCACCCCCGCAGCCCCAGGGCCUGCUCCCAACUCACGUGCCUCUGUCUCUGGGCGGCUUCACGGGCCCCGGCCAGGCAGCACCCAACGGCCUGCCCGGCCUCAGGAGCAGCAGCGCGGGCAGCGGUGCCCCCCUCGGCCUGGCGAAGCACGCGUCGCUGUCGCCACGUGGGCCGGGCCCUCUCCUGUCUACCUCACACCUGGCGCUCCGGUCCCAGGCGCAGCACCAGCAGCACGCGGCCAUGUUCGCCGCCCCUCCGACACUGCCCCCGCCCCCUGCGCUGCCCGCCAGCAGCCUGGUCAUCCCAGGACACCCCGCCGGUAGCCGUCGUUCCCCCCCCCGCCCGCCAGUCGUGUACUGCCAGCCUCGCUCGGGGAUUCUGAUUGAUCGCGAGCUGCUCAGGCAGGAGCUGAACACGCGGUUUCUGGUGCAGAGCGCCGAGCGGCCUGGCGCCUCCCUGGGCCCGGGGGCCCUGCUGCAGGCGGAGUUCCACCAGCACACACACCAGCACACACACCAGCACCGACACACACUCGCCCCCUUCCCCGCAGGGCUGCCCCCGACGCUGCUCACGCCCGCUGCCGCACCCCCACCGUUUGACAAGUAUGCGCCCAAGCUGGACAGCCCUUACUUCCAACAUUCCAACUUCUUCCCGGCCUUUCCUCCAGCCAUCCCGGGACUCCCCUCUCUGCUCCCUCACCCCGGCCCCUUUGGGUCCCUGCAGGGUGCUUUCCAGCCCAAGGUACUGCUGUUCGGGCAGACUUCAAACCCAGUCGAGGUAGCUGGCCGGUCCAGUACUGUCCACUCUCUCCUGCAGAAAGCUCCCGGGGUGUCUGACCCGUACCGGACGGCCGUCAGGAAGCCGGGGAAGUGGAGCGCCGUGCACGUCCAGAUCGCCUGGUACAUCUACCGCCACCAGCAGAAGGUCCAGGUGCAACUGGCCCCACCCAAGGUGGAGGUGGGCAUGAAGCUGGACCUGUUCGGCAGAGCCCCUGCACCAGGCGUGUUUGCUGGGUUCCCCUGCCCGCAGGAUCUGGCCCGGCCGCUCUUCUCCGGCACAGGUGCCGCCCACCCUGCCACCAGCCCUUUCGGACCCUCGGCCCGUCACGGCAGGCUCCUCCUCUGCAGUCCUCAGGGCUGGGCGCAGGUGGGAAGGAGGGACCGAGUCCUGGGGUCCCUCAGGUCACACGGUGGCCCCUGCCAGGCUGGACCCUGUGGAGCCACUCCUGGGCGGGGUAGGGGGGACGCUGAGCCAGGCAGGGCCCUGAACCCCGGAUCCUCCACAGACCCUUUCAGCAGAUCGAGCGCCUUCGGGGGCCUGGGCGGCCACACGCUGACUCCCAGCGGCAGCAUCUUUGCUCCCAAGGAGGGUGCCGUGCUGCACGGCCUGCCCAGCCCUGAGGCCUGGAGCCGGCUGCACCGGGGCCCGCCCUCCUUCCCCACACACCCCUGGCCCAAGCCUGUGGACGCUGAGCGCGUCUCAGCCCUGACCAACCACGACCGGGAGCCGGACCAGGGCAGGGAGGAGCGGGCCCGGGGCGCCAGCCUGCGCCUGGCCGGGCUCCCGGGCCGCAACCCGGGGAAGCUGCCCGAGGCGCCGGCAGAGCGGGCCCAGGACGAAGUGAAAGUCAAGGAGGAAGGCGGGGAGGACGAGGCGCCCGAGCCUCCGGGGACCGGCGUCCCCGAGCGCCCGCGCGCGCUGCCCGCGCCCCUGCAGCUCGGCCUGGGCCGCGAGCGCCUGGGC